AUGGAAGACACGACCAACGAGGUGGUCCAUACGCUUGAAUAUCAGCUAUUGCACGCUUGCCAUUAUGAAGAGACAAUGAUGGCUGAGAGCUUCUUGAAGAUGCCCUCAGGCCCAAAUUUUGAUCAUGUACAAUGGAACUUUCCCAGAUUGGUCAUGGAUCUCAAGGAUCCAGAUGAUCUGCAUUGCCUAACACUCAUGAAAACCUGUGCUCAUAAGAACAUCUUGCAACUGAAGACGGUUAAUGUAGAGGGUGCUCAUCUUGUAGUUUGGACCGAGCCAUACACAGGCAGGUUGAUUGAUUUACUCAGGAAAAUGAAAUCAAAUCUUGGCAAUCCCAUAUGUCCUCCUCCAUGGGUGGUUCCUUCAGAUGUACUGCAAAUAAUUGUGGACCAAGUACUUGAUGGCAUGGGACAAUUGAGACUCGAUGGCAAGUACCAUGGAAACUUUUCACUCGAAAACACGUAUUAUCACAUGGAAUCAGGGAAGCCAAUAGUCAAGCUUGCCAAUUUUAGAGUGAAAAAAGAAGCAAAAUUGCGGCAAUGCCAGUUAGAAGAUGUUUGGGAUAUUGCUCGUGCUCUUGAUGAGAUUUGCGUUAUCGCUGAAGAGUGUACUAGGACAGGACGGGUACCUUUGGACUGUUAUCUUGUUGCUGAUCUUUCAAAGAAGCUGAAAGAAGUUUCAUUAGGGGACUUGGUUACUGUUAUGAAAGACAUCAAGAAACAUAGCUUCUUUUGGGGCUCCUAUCAGAGGAAAAGGUUUUUCGUAUGUGAUCUGCCUUUCGCCUUAAGGAGCUCAGAUUUCAAGAAGGAUGUUGAAGCUUCGUCAACUCUCUGUACUAUACCAUGGGAUACUGAUCCAUAUUCUGGGCUCCUUCAAGACAUGAAUCAGUACCGCGCACUCCAUAAGAAGCACGCAUACGAUGGAUCUAAGAAGACGGGAUUUUGUUCGUUCUGCAGCGGGUUAUACAGCCAUGAGUUUGAGCUUCCUGUCGUUCAGAAUAGACGUGUUUGCGUUGACAAGGUCCUUCAACAAAGACAUAGAAAAGCCUGUUUUGAGAUGGUGGGUAUGAUGCCCGACAGAGAGACCAAGUAUAUGCUAUCCAAAAAAGAGGCUGCAUGA